CGCCGCCCUGGCCGGCCCCCGUGGGGGCUCCGGCGGGGACCCUCUGCCCCCGAGCGCGUGCGCGCCGGGCGGGGUGUGUGGGGUGCCCAGCCUCUGCCCCCCCGCCUUGCCCGCUGGAAGGGGGAUGCCGUAUAGGGAUGAGACAUUUAUUUUUUUCUACUACUGGAAUACCAAGCUCAAGACUGUGGCUGUUACAGCACCCGAUAACAAUGUGAACGUUUAAUUCAAAUUUGCAAUUUAAGAACAAAUCUACAUACCUAGCCUUAUUCUUUCCUGUCACCCCUGUGCUACCGAGGUCAGCGUUGGCUUGUCCUUGCUUCUGGUUACCUUGUCUGGAAUCAACCAUGGCUGAUGACUCUCAGAGAAACUUUCGCUCAGUGUAUUAUGAGAAAGUGGGAUUUCGUGGAGUUGAAGAAAAGAAGUCACUGGAAAUUCUGUUAAAAGAUGACCGGUUGGAUAUUGAGAAGCUUUGCACAUUUAGUCAGAGGUUUCCUCUCCCAUCCAUGUAUCGUAUACUGGUGUGGAAAGUGCUUUUAGGAAUUAUUCCUCCUCACCAUGAAUCUCAUGCUUUGGUGAUGAAGUACCGGAAGGAGCAGUACUGGGAUAUUCACCAUGCUCUUCAUGUAAUUCGUUUUAUUAAUGAUUCUACGCCACAGGUAGAUGUUUUCCUCCGCAUACAUCAACUGGAAUCAGGAAAAUUGCCUCGAAGCUUGGCAUUUCCAUUGGAACCUGAAGAUGAAGUGUUUCUUGCUAUUGCUAAAGCGAUGGAGGAAAUGGUGGAGGAUCCUAUAGAAUGCUAUUGGCUUGUCAGUUGCUUUGUGAAUCAGCUGAACAGCAAGCACAAAGAUUCACUGCAACAACUGCCAAAAAUUCUGGAGCAGUAUUUGAACAUAGAAGAUAACAGACUCCUGAUGCAUCUGAAAGCAUGUGCUGCAAUGAGCAAGCUCCCUUAUGAUCUUUGGUUUAAAAAGUGUUUUGCAGGCUGUUUACCUGAGUCCAGUUUACAGAGAGUUUGGGACAAAGUUAUUAGUGGGUCCUGCAAGAUUCUCGUUUUUGUUGCUGUGGAGAUAUUAUUAACUUUUAAAAUGAAGAUAAUAGCACUGAAUACUGCAGAAAAGAUCACACAAUUUUUGGAAAACAUUCCUCAAGAUAACACUGAUGCUAUUGUCAGCAAAGCUGUUGAUCUGUGGCGCACACACUGUGGGACUCCAGCACACUCGGUCUGAGAACUUUCUUCGUUUAUGACAACUUGGGAAAAAGAGAGACUUGAAAAGACAUUUUACCAUUCUUCCCCCAUCCUAGUGUGAUGUUCUUUACCUCUUCUAUGUAAAGAUGCUAUUAAAGUAGCUAAUAGCAUAGUGAUCAAUAUGUAAAUAUUUUUCAAUAAAUAUAGAUUGAAUGAAGAUACCUAGUGGUGGUAUAAUCAUGCCCCAAGUGUUUCUUGGCCAGCCAGCUACAGUAUUCUGAUUGCACGGAGUGCUCUCUGGCUUUUGAAGAAGUAAAUCUAACUCUCUGAAGCAAGGUAAAUAGACUUACUUGUAUUUGAAAAAUGUUUUUGUAUGCAAGCUUAUAAUUCAUAUAACUACUACUUGGAGGUGGUUUUAAGGUGAAUUUACUAAAUGUUAGUCUGCUGGAACUCUGGUGACAAGCAUGCAUUUAUUAGAAAUGUAAAUGUACUCUAUUAAUACUGUAAAUUUUAAGGUAAAUGUUCAGGAAGAAGCACCAGAAAUUUGAGGUAAAGGACAUCAGUGACCAGGGGUGACAUGCUUUUCUGAAGUGGCUUAAAAUAUUUUUAUCUGUCGGCCAGUUCUAUAUGGCUGUACCUCCUCCUUUGUUCUUCAUGGAAGAUACUCUAGAAAGGGGGCUUUGUCCUACCCUAAAAUGUAACUUUGGGCAGGUAUGGAGAAAAUCAGUGGGACAAGUCAGUAAAUAUAAUUCAGAAUAACAGGCCAGUAAUAAACACUGCCUCUGAAUGCUUGGCUCAGAGUUGUACUUUGAUUCUCAUUUGGUUUAGAUUUCAAAAUAAAUUUAAUACAGAAAUGUA